GAGAAAAGCCCUCUGGCUCUGAACCGUGAUCGCCGAGAGCCGUGGAAAAUUGAGAGAUACAGCAUGAACAGAGUGUAGCAUCCUUAUAUGCAAAACGGCGUUUUUGCGUUAGGAGUUUCUGCCUCACAUUUUACUCAAAGAUGUCUAUGAUCACCAGCCUGUUUGGUGUUUUUAUCGCUCCUCUGUGGAUCAUCAGCUGUCCACUAGUAAACCUAAGCAGUGCAUACCUGAGGGACCAGCGCAGACUUACAGAGGAUAUGGACUGGUCUUACACAGGAACCCUAAACCAACCGCUCUGGGUUAGGAAGUACCCAACCUGCAGUGGUGCUAAGCAGUCGCCCAUCAACAUUGACGAGGACUUCACCCAGGUGCAAGUGCAGUACCAGAAUCUGCAACUAGAGAACUGGAACCAAACCAUGUACGACUCUACCAUAACAAACAAUGGAAAAACAGUGGUUGUCAGUGUGAAUGGCAAAUACUACAUCAGUGGAGGAGGGCUUAGGGCCCGGUUCAGAGUAGCCAGGAUCACUUUUCACUGGGGCCGCUGCAAUGCCACAUCCGACGGAUCAGAGCACAGCCUCGGUGGCAGAAAAUUCCCUCUUGAGAUGCAGAUCUUCUGUUAUGAAGACAAAGAGUUUAAGUCUAUAGAUGAUGCCCUGAAGGGUGAUGGAAGAAUCACUGCAUUAGCUGUGCUAUUUGAGGCCAGCUUUGAAGACAAUGAGAACUAUGCUACAAUAAUUGAGGGAGUCAGUUCCGUCAGUCGAUUUGGUAAAAGUAGCACAAUAGAGGCUUUCUCCCUGCUUGGUCUGCUACCAGAGUCUACAGCAAAAUAUUUCAUCUACAAUGGUUCUCUCACCACUCCCCCCUGCACAGAGACAGUGGAGUGGAUUGUGUUCAAAAGUACAGUGCCCAUCUCUGAAACACAGCUGGAAAUAUUCUGUGAGGUGAUGACCACGCAGCAGGCUGCCUUUGUGAUGGUGACAGACUACCUGCAGAACAACUACAGAGACCAACAGCAGCAGUUCAUAGGCCCAGUUUUCUCUUCUUACACGGGCACAGAGGAAGUCCUUGCUCCUAUGUGUAGCUCAGAGCCAGAGAAUGUCCAGGCGGAUCCCCAGAACUACACCAGCAUAAUGGUGACGUGGGAACGGCCACGUGCUGUCCAUGAAACUAGCAUUGAGAGAUACCUGGUCACCUACCAGAGACUACAGGGCCAAGAUCCGCCUAAACAACAAUUCUUGACAGACGGCGACCAAGAUGUGGGGGCCAUCAUCCACAACUUACUGGCCAACAGCAGCUAUGUUGUCCAGGUGAUGGCACUGUGCACCAAUGACCUGACUGGUCGAAUGAGCGAUCAGGUCAUAGUAGACAUGCCUCUGGAAGAUCCAGGUACAAGAUUCUGCUCACAAGUUCACACGACACUCCAAUUACACAAAACAGAUUUGGAUCCUUCCUCUGAAUCAGAAGAAUAUUUUGAGGAGGACUCCCAGCCCACUUUACUUAAGAGCAAGACAACAAAAAAGCCCCGAGUUUUGCCUGGACGCACCUUCAUCCGUGACUCCUCUUCCUCUAAAAGCUCUACAUAUGUCACCACUGCAACUGAUCAGCCAGGUUUCCUCUUUCCAGCUGUAAGGAUGACCACAUCUGCAGUGCGACAGAGGAUCACGGAGGAGUCUUCCUUGUCCUGGUCUCCUGAUCAGAACGAAGCAGGAAGCCACACCAUGCGUCCACUCAGCUACCUUGUGCCAGAGGAAGCCGACAUCCCUCCACCAGACAGCAUGCUGGUGACUGAUGUGUACUAUGAGGACUUCCACAAUCUGAGUGCUGGGGCAACAACACCCCACCCAGAUAAAAAAUUUCUUAGGUUCUCCACAUUCAUAAGUGCUCAGGACCAGGACAAGAGUACAACCACAGGGACAGACCACAGGGUUAAAACCAUUCAGCCUGAAACUUCAGUCUCUUUGACUUCCAGCCCGUCUGGGACCAUGCAUCGUACCUCUGUUUGGAAGACAAUAUCUACUACGAAAUCACCUGCUUCUACUGCCACCUCUAGUACUCCAUACAUCCACAGAACCUCAACUCUGACCACUUUGUCUGCCUCAGUGAAGAAGGUCAUUCACCAAACCACUCAGCCACUGUUUAUUGAGGUGAGCAACAGCAGUCCUCAGUCGCGCGUAGGAAUGGUGGGAGGGGUUGAGAGAGAAAGGAGAACGGUGGUGCCACUGGCGGUGGUGUCAACCCUUACUGUACUCUGUCUUCUGGUGCUAGUGGCUAUUCUCAUCUACUGGAGGAAAUGCUUUCAUGCAGCACAUUUGUAUGUAGAGGAUAAUGCAUCCCCCAGAAUCAUAACAGCUCCAUCAACACCGCUGCUUCUUGCUUCAGAGAAUCAUGCAGCCCUUCCUGUGAAAGAGUUUGUGAAGCAUGUAGCAGAUCUUCACUCCAACAACACUUUCUCAAAGGAGUUUGAGAUCUUGAAAGAGUCUUAUGAGGAGAUUCAGUCCUGCACUGUGGACAUGGGCAUUACAACAGACAGUUCAAACCACCCAGACAACAAAAGCAAGAACAGAUACAUCAACAUCCUGGCUUAUGAUCACAGCCGAGUCAAGCUGUCCCAUAAUGUAGAGAAAGAUGGAAAGACUGGAGACUACAUAAAUGCCAAUUAUGUGGAUGGCUACAAACACCCUAAAGCCUACAUAGCAGCCCAGGGCCCUCUGAAGGCCAGUCUGGAAGACUUCUGGAGGAUGGUGUGGGAGCAGAAUGUUGGAGUCAUUGUCAUGAUCACCAACCUAGUGGAAAAAGGCCGGAGGAAAUGUGAUCAGUAUUGGCCUAUGGAAAACCAGGAAGAGUAUGGGAGUUUCCUUGUCACAUUGAAGAGCACUAAAAACCUGGCCUACUACACUAAGAGGACCUUUACCUUGAGAAACAUCCAUGAGAAAAAGGGCUCUCAGAAGACUCACAGUCAGGAGAGGACAGUUGUUCAGUACCAUUACACUCAAUGGCCAGACAUGGGCGUCCCUGAGUACACACUACCAGUACUCUCCUUCAUACAGAAAUCAUCUCAGACCCAGACAGCAGACUCGGGCCCUGUGCUGGUGCACUGCAGUGCUGGGGUGGGAAGAACAGGAACGUAUAUAGUCAUUGACAGUAUGCUGAAGCAGAUAAAGGCUGAGGGUACAGUGAACAUCAUUGGCUUCCUCAAGCACAUCCGGACACAGAGGAACUACCUAGUGCAGACAGAGGAACAGUAUGUUUUCAUCCAUGACGUCUUAGUAGAAGCCAUUAAAUGUAAAGAGACACAGGUAUCACCCAGCCACAUUCACACCUAUGUCUCUGAUCUUCUUACUCCUGGACCAUCUGGAAAGACUUGCCUGGAGAAACAGUUCAAGUUGGUCAGCCAAAACAGUGCAAAGCAGUAUGACUACUUGACAGCACUGAAAGAGUUCAACAUGCCAAAAAAUAGGACAUCUGUCCUUAUCCCUGUGGACAGGUCUAGAGUAAGCUUGUCCACAACAGUAGGAGAUUCUUCAGACUACAUCAAUGCCUCCUACGUCAUGGGCUACCAUCAACCCCAUGAAUUCAUCAUCACUCAGAGCCCUUUGCCCAACACAAUGCUGGACUUCUGGAGAAUGAUUUGGGACCAUAAUGCUCAGAUUAUCAUCUCUCUACCAGACACAGAAGAGCAGAACAAGGGAAAGGACUGUGUGCACUGGCCCAGUAAAGAGCAGCCAAUCAGUUGUGAAACAUUUAUGGUCACAUUCACAGGGGACGACAAAGUGUGUCUGUCAUAUGAAGAAUCACUGGUGAUACAUGACUUCAUUUUGGAGGCCGUAAAAGAUGACUAUGUCUUGGAAGUGCGCUGGUACCAAGCUCCCCACUGGCCCAACCCAGAUGGCCCCAUUAGCAAUGCUUUUGAGCUCGUCAACAUCAUCAGAGAAGAGAGCAUCCAUCGAGAGGGGGCCAUUGUGGUCUAUGAUGGGUAUGGAGGGCCCAGCGCUGGGAUUUUGUGUUCCCUGAUCACCCUGGUUAACCAAUUAGAGGAAGAGAAUAGUGUGGAUGUCUAUCAAACAGCAAGGAUGACCAACCUCAUGAGACCAGGAGUCUUCAGUGAUGUUGAACAGUAUCAGUUCCUAUACAAAGCUUUACUGAGCUUAGUGAGCACCAAGGAGGACGAGAAGACUCUUCUAUCCACAGAGAACAACGGCAACAUCCCGCUUGGCUCAGCCAAGAUCACAGAAAGCCUGGAGUCUCUCAUGUAAAAUCAUGUCUUUGGAGGUGAACCCUUGUGAUGAUGUAAAUUGCCGUUGUUUAUAUCGGAGAAUGAGGCCUUUUGGCUUGACACCUACCCAAAGUCUCUGUGUGGCCAUUUGGGUGUUGGAUGUUAUUUCGUCUUUUAUUGUGCCUUUUUUGUAAAAUUUGUACUUUAAAAUAAUUUGAUAUAAUUUUAUUAUUGUAACUAAUGCCAAAUUUCUACUCUUUUUCAAAGUGCUGUAUUGCUCUUGAGGUUUUCUUUUUAGUUGAGCUGGGUAUAAUAUUUAUAUGUAACUGCUAAAGUGUUGAAGAACUCUGUCUAUUUUUUGAAAAAAGUUGUAGAUUUGAGGAACAUCCUCUUCAUAUGUAGCUGAAGCAGACAUUGUCACACAAAGAAAUAAGUUUCUUGUAUGUGACUAACUAUUGACCAACAGACCAAACCCCCUUUAUAUGAAUAAAUGUUAUAUUUUACUACUUUUGUUUUACAGUUCAUAAGAGCUUAACAGCCUUUUACAAUUUAGUUGAUACAUGUAUAAAAUAAUAGCUCUUAGUGAUGUUUCUUGUCUGUCUUAAUGUGUUUGUUUGGUGCAAGAAUUCAUUUACUUUCUGUAGAUAUAAAGCAACAUAGAGUCUCUGUAUAAAAUGCCUGUAAGUCCAUGAUUGUGUAACUAUUGAUUGUGUCUAUACCUUGUGUUUCAGACAUUUUAUUUUAGUCAAAGAAUCAGUACAUAACACUAUAAUCCUUACUCUUUCUAUUCUUACAAGAGGAAUAAGCAUUACCAUAUCAAUGUAUUUGUGAUGUCUUGACAUACACACAGAAAUGUAGCCCCUCCACUGAUCAGUUCAGCAGAAUUCAGAAUAGUGUCAAAAUUGAAAAUCGCAUGGUUCUAAUUCAAAAAUGAAGCAUCACUGAAUAUAAAACACCAAGAAUGGCAGAGAAGAGGUACAGUCUUUUAUUAAAGACGAAGGCCUCACAAAUGGAAGUGUUAACCUGAGUUGCCCUGGGCUGUAACUGAGCAACCCACAAAAUCCUUUAUACUCCAACCCAAAACCCAAAAAAUUCUUUAUACUCCUCUCUGGGUAAGGAUGGGUCAUCAUCUGGCAUCUCAUUGCCUUUCCCAAAUAUCUCAAACGUUUUGAUUUAUACACCAUUAUCUCCAAAUAUCAUACUUACCUUUAACGCCCUUAUUUCCAAACCUUGGAUCGCUUCUCUAAAUAGCUUUCACAUCAUUAUUUCCGUCGUCAUUUUUGUUAUCAAAAAAUAAUUUUUAAAUUGUUGAAUAUAAUUACAUGCCAAGGCCACAUUCAGACCUAGGCCUUUAAGCCUUAUUUACUUAAUCUUCUAUUUGAAAUUUUUGUGGUUUUGGUUAAGUCUCUGUUACAUAUGUGCCUCUCCUUUUCAAAGACAUUUUUAAUACUUUUAUGGUACAAACAUUUGGUACUGCUUUGAAAUGAAGAGAUUGCCUGAUACUGUGUGUUUACUGCUGGCAAUGACAUCAUGACAAUGUGGUAACUGACUAUACUGUAACUGACUGUGAUCACUUAGUUUUAUGCUUAAAUGACGUAAAAGCUUGCAUUUAUCAGUCCACAUUUAAACCCCUGCAAUGAUGCACAUAAAAAAUUUGAGUACUAAUAGCUUCUUCUCUUCAGUGCAGUACAUGUAUUUAUGUGUCUGUGAGAGUGAAUGAGGCACCUUUCAUCUAGAAACAAAAACAGCCUUGCAUCACCAAUGUGUGUAAAAUACUGUUUUUAUCCCCAAAUAAUGGAACUGCUUGCCCCCAUGCUUUUACUGGGAUAACUCACUAAAGUCAAACUUUAAUAACAUCAGGAGAUGUUAGAAGAACAGUUCUGUCAUGGACGCUUGCUGUAGCUUUAAGGCAGGAUGACAUGGCACAACAAAAACUACACCUGAUGUAUCCUAAUAGAGUGACACAGUUCACAGUUUUAAUGGAAAAAUCAUUUGAAUGAAACACUCGACCUGUAUCAUUCAAUAGUUUUAAGGGUCACAAGCCUCUAGGUUGGCAAAAUCAAAUUAUUUUCUGAACGUUGAACUAUUUAGGGUUAAGGUCAGGGCUCUUUGCAGGCCACUGGAGACCAUGAGCUCUCUUCCAAUAAACUUUCUGUUCGCAUUAUCGAAAUCUGCAAGAUAGCAUUUUCUUGGCAUUUGCCAAAUCAAGAUUUAUCCAUCUGACUGUCAGAUUGUGAAGAGGAUUCUUCGCUCCAGAGAACACUUUUCCACUUUUCCAGCUGCUUGGCUUUUAAAACCCAAUUCAUGAAGCACCUGAGGCGCAGUUCUUGUGCUGAUGUUAUUUCCAUAAGCAGUUUGGAAGUCAGUUUGUGAUGCAACAAAAGAUUAGAAGUUUUUAUGUGCUACAGAACUUUGUGGCCCUACUCUGUGAGUUUGCAUGGUCCAACGUUGUGUCUAGAAGACACUUCCAUGGAACAACAGCUUCCAUUUCACAAUGAUAACGCUUACAGCCGACUGGGGUAGAUCUAGCAGGGCAGAAAUUUCACAAACUGACUUAAGGUGGCAUCUUAUGACCAUGCCACAUUAAAAGUCAGUGAGCUCCUCAGAACAUCUCAUUCUACUGCCAAUGUUUGUCUGUGUGAUGGCUAUGUGCUUGAUAUGUGUAUGCUAACAAUAGGUGUGGCUAAAACACCUUAAGUCAAUAAGUAGGAAGGGUGUCCACAAACUUUUGUCAUACUGUGUAGUUUCAAAGCAUCUUCUCAUAGGCAAGUUUGCAUUCAAAGUAGAGGUUAACAAUGAAUCGGGGAUUUUACAACAGGGUCGUAUCACUCUCACAUUCAGGGACAUUUGACACUGUGACAAUGAUAAAAAUGAUUGUGACAAUAAAAUACAGAAAUAAAGCUUUUAGGUGUGCCUCCCAAGUGGGGAAGUUUGUCGUGGAUGAUGUCACUAUUGCAUAUUCCACAAAGCAGCUCCAACACCAAGCCAUGAGAUUUUAUAGUUCAACUGUUUUUUAAUUUCCACAACUACACAGAUCAGAAAAAUAUUUUGCUGUUAUAGUGUAUUCGUAGCUAGAAAGGUGGCAAGUGAAGUGACAACUGGAAGCAGUUUUACUGAUUGUCUGUGGAGACUACAUGGCUGUAUGCUUGAUUAUAAAGCAACUGUUGAUGUAGUGGAUGUGGCUAAGCUGUCCAAGUACUUUUGGCAAGAACCUAAUAGCAUGUUUUCAGCAUACAAAAUUAGAAUGUUGAUCUUUUGUAGCUAAUCACAAAAUUCCAGAGAUCCUGUCCGUAAAUAAAAUCACUUUGACACCUAGA